GGAGGGAGGCAGCAGUUCAAUGUAAACCUUCACACUGAUGGAGAGAAAGCGGACAACAUCAGGAGUCACUCAGUCAGUCCGCGCUGCAAUUUCUCAAAAUGUUAUAUUUCUUACCCCAGAGCGGAUUAUAACUCCGGGAGAGCUCGGCCUCUAAUGCGGAGCAGCUGCAUUAACUAGUGGACAGACUUCCAUUAACUCGCUUUUUCUUUGCCGGCGGCCAGGUCACCGAGCUGCGCGCACUGUGCGCUUAUCCACCGACUCCCGGCAGGAAGAGGGCCAGCAAACUGACUAUUUAGUGCCUUAGUGCCACUUUUUUUUCCCUUGUUCUGAUAGAGAGACCUGAUCACGUGAGCAGGUGACCUCGAAGCUGUUGUCUGUCUCUUAAAAAGCCUCGAGGAAGUUAAAGAGGAGAGGAAACGGAGUCAGGGGCUGCAGGCCACGACAUGGGCAACUCCUCUAGGAAGGGAGAUGCAGAAGGAGAGGAAGAAGAAGGGGGGAUGGAUGGCGAGGAGGCAGAAAUGACCAAAAAGAAGAAAGAAGAGGAAGAGGUGGAGGACGAGCUUCCACUUGGGGUGGAGGAGUUAUUUGAGAGUGGCGACCCCGUGCUGGACUUGAGCUACCGUAAGUUUAAGCGGUUACCUUCACGUGUUUGUGGACUGAUGCAUCUGGAGAAGCUGUACGUUUGCGGGAACAGCCUGCGCACUCUGCCGGACAGCAUCUCCCAGUUGCAAGGCCUGCGGAUACUCGCCCUCGACUUCAACAAGAUGGAAGACGUCCCUCCGGCCGUCUGCCAGCUCAUUAACCUCACUCGCCUCUACCUGGGAAGCAACCGGCUGAUGACCCUCCCGCCUGACCUGAGGAACCUGCAGAGUCUGCGCUGCCUUUGGAUGGAAAGCAACUACUUCCAGAGUUUCCCACGGGAGCUCUACGACCUGCCCAACCUCAAGUCCCUUCAGAUUGGGGACAACCGGCUGAAGACGCUGCCCGCUGACCUCUGGCGUAUGGAGGCUUUGAGGGGAUUAUGGCUUUACGGGAACCGCUUUGAUACCUUCCCUAAAGUCCUGCUGCGCAUGGAGAACUUGGAGAUACUUGACCUGGACCGCAACAAGAUAUCAGAGUUUCCCAGCCUGAAGCGACUCCGAGCCCUGCGCCUUUUCUCUUACGAUCACAACCCAGUGGAGUCCCCUCCCAAAGUGGGCGAGGAGGUGCUCGUGGUUGGGGAAGGUGCUCUAGAGUUCUUGGAGGCGCGUGAGGCCAGGAACGAGAGGCGACGAAAGGCCGCAGAGAAAGAGGCCGAAGAGUUGGCUCUGGCAGGGGAGGAGCCGGUGAUUCACGGCAUCCUGAAGAACAGCAGCUCCAACUCAAAACAAGCAGCGAACGAAUCUUCUGUGACUUUAGGGGACGUGGACUUCAAAGAGGAAGAGGCAAAAGAGGAGGAGGAUGCGGAGCUGCCAGUCACUGAGUAUGACAGAGAUGAGCUUGAAUAUGACGAGGAGGGGGUUGAAUAUGAGACGGAGGAGCUGAUAUGUGAGGGAGAGGGGUUCGAGUAUGAGGGAGAGGAGCUGGAGUAUGAGAGGGCACAGAUGGACUAUGAGUACGAGGAGCUGGAGGACACGGGGAGACAAGAUGAAGGUGCAUGAAAAACCCCUCAUACAUCCAGACUCAGAUGAUCUGCAGGCAGGUAGAGGAGGUGGGCGACAGAGGGGUGGGACAUUCUUAGCUGUGCUGCUAAUUCCUAAUCUAUUGUUAACUGUGAAAAUAAACGAGCAUUGAGGCAUUAUGAUGAACUUUAAACUGACAGCACAUGUGAUAUCUAAAUCAGCUGCAAAUAACCACAUUAGAGCAGGACUCAGGUGGAGAGCGUGUGUGUGUGUGUGUGUGUGUGUGUGUGUGUGUGUGGCUAUUUUCUGAGUGUACACAGGAGACC